GCAAUUGGCGAGAAUAAAUAACAAGCGAUCGAACGCGAUCAAUUUGAAAUUCCUGGCAACAGCAAUCGGAUUUGUCUAUUGAUGACGCCCACUUUGCCGCUCCCCCAGCUCUCAGUGAAACCUCAAUGUCAGCGUUAUCUAACGGCGUUGGCAAAUUGUUAAACGUGGCCGUGGGCAACACCGCAAGCAGGACGAAAUUUUAAUUUGCUGCUCAGCUGGCAGUAAAUGGGUUAAAAUUAUGUACAUUAAUCGCCGAAUGAAUGUCGAAUCAGUUAAAAAGACUGCUCUUUUUUAUUGUGGUGAUUUCAGGUGCAUUAUGUACAGUAGAAGAUUACGUAAUAAUGUCACAGUGUGCACACAACAAAGCCAUACACCUAGCUGCGGAAGGAACAGUCUCAGUGACAGACAUUUCACAGAUUCAAAAUAUAACGAUAGUCGGCCUCACGGACUAUGUGAACAACGAAUUCAAAAUAGCACUGUUCGCAAAAGAAACGCAGAGAUAUUUGUGUUUCAACGACAACUGGAGAUUAGUUGGCAUGAAGGAGCUGCGCGAUACCUGCUACUUCAACGAGACCAUCGUGCACGGUUAUUUCGUGUUCCGUUCCGUAGUCGAUCUACAGCGACGUGUCGGCUUCACACACCGAGGUAAGCCCGUGGGACCGAAGAAGAGCGUCAACGAUGCCUGCUACAUGUUCAAUAAGAUCGAUGCCGAGCAGUUUUUCCAUCAGCACACGUUACCAAAAUGGCGCGAGACGACAGCAAUGAUGGCCAACGGCAGCAGCAGCAAUCAGAGCGGCAACUAUCGCAAAGUCUCGCGCAACAAAAACAAUCGCCACAAAUCGAAUAACCAAAAUCAAAAGUUGCAGCAACAGCAACACGCGCAUCAUGGCCAUAAUAGUAGUAAUAGUCUAAGUAGCACUAACAAAACACAGCAACAACAAUUAGCAUUAGUACGUAAUCAGCAACAACAGAUGCAGCAGCAGCAGCAUCGUCAACAGCAUCAGGUGCGACAUCAUCACAAUGAUCCCUCAGUGCUGGCGCGUCGAAAACAGAGACGCAAGCAGCAGCAGCAGCAACAACGAGUCACAGCUAGUCCAACGAAACUAACGACUGCCAAAAGUUCAACAUCGACAACAUCAGCAGCAGCAACAACCAAAACGACGAAAAUAUCACUUGCUAGCAAGCGCAAGGGCAGGCGAAGAAAGGCACGAAAGCAAAUGCAAAAGCAGCAACUACAACAGCACGAGCUGCAACAAUUGCAGUUACUCUCUACCGCAGCAACACUUGAUAUCAGCACUGACGAUUUGCUUUCUAGCAGCAGUUUUUCCACAGGGUACGAUGAGGGCUACAGCAGCAGCAGCAGCGGCAGCAGUGAGCCCUGGUCUACUUGGUAUGCCACGCCCACAGCUACAAUUGACAGCUUUACGCCAGAUGUAGGCAGCAGCAGCACCACCACAAGCGCCAGCAACAUGUUACUAACAACAACAGCAGACGAUAGCAUUCAACCAUAUAGCAGCAGCAGCAACAGCUACGAUGACGGCUCUACAUUCAUCACAGAGCUAGAAGCUGAGGUAUCAGGAGCAACAACAGUAACUGCAGCAACAUCAAGCAGCGGCAACGAUACCGACCUGCUGCAGUACGAGGCGGAGGUGGUUGAAGAUGACGAAAGUGAACAGCUAACCACGGCUAACUAUGAAACCAAAGCAACAUCAAGAGCAAGAGCAACAGCAACAGCAGCAUCCGCAGGAACAACAACUGCAACAACUAUACCAACAACUAGCAGCCAAGUGGCUAAAACUACCUCAACAACAACAACAGCAACAACAGCAGCAGUGACUAGCACACAAUUGGUGCUGGAGCAAACGCCGCUAGCAGCAACACUGGCUACACUUAGGUACAACAAAUGGCAUACAACGCAGCAGCAUGAGGUAGACGCUGCUAUGGCCAACACGAUAGCAACAGCAACAUCAGCAGCAGCCACAAGCGGAACAACAACAGUGACAACAAAGUCUGACUUGGCGAUGAGCACGCAUAAGCUCAGCAGGCAUCGCGGUAUCAACAGCAGUGCGAGCCCUAGCGAGCAGCGGCAACAGUUGCUGCGGGACAGCAACGGCAAGCAGCAACAGCAGCUGCAACUACACAAACUGUUUCGUCCGGCGACAGUCGUGACCACGUCCAGCACGCAAUUACUAACGUCACUCGCAACAGCAGCUGCAGAACCGAAAACUGUAACAGCAGCGGCAGCGGCAGCUGCAGCAACCGUUGUUGUUGUUGCCACCCCACAGCAGCAUAUAGCAGACAAACUGUUUAGUGUUUACAAAAACAUUAACAGUAAUCCCAAAAACACGCUAACCGAAACAACACCCACACCAACCGCAACAGCACGAGCACCAGCAAGAGCAAGAACGACAGCAACGAUUGCCACGACAGCAACUACGAAAAAAUCACUGCGCAAAUCAACACAAAAGCUGCUGGCCACGCCCUACCAUCAGCUAACAUAUGUACGCAACGAGGCGGGCGACAUUGACAUAGAUAAUCUGGACAAUAUUAGCGUAUAUCCCGAUGUUUUCGAGGAUAUCUUAAAUGAUAACGAUGACAGCAGCAGCAACAGCUCUACAACAAACAGCAACAGCCGGCUGACCUUUGUCAGUGGCUUCCUGGCCACCUCGCCCACGUCCGUAUUGCCCGAAUCCAUACGCAUAGCCAAGAUCAAGAUCAACAACGAGCGACGCCGAUUGCAGGAGCGCAGUCAGCGGCCACUGCGCAGCUUUGCGUAGUACUCAGCGAAGAACGCAAGCAACAGCAGCAGCAGAAGUAAAUUGUGGGCUUUGGGGCGAUGGGAAUGGGCCGGACUGGUGGCUGGGGCCUUGACAAUCGGUUGGUA